UUUCUUUUCAGCUUUCUAAUCCUGUCUUCUAAAUUCCCUUUCCAAAUCUACAUUUGAUUUUCUUUCCCAUUCAAACACAACACUCACUUUUUCCCUCAAGAAAUCAAUUCCUCCUCCUUCAGAUUUCAAAUCCUCGGAAUCUCGUCUCCGACAGAACCAAAGAAAUGAAAAAAAACGGAGUUUCGUAUCUCACUCUGCCAAAUCUGUUAUGCUUCUGUAAUAAUAAUAAUAAUAGUUAUGAUAAUAAAUUCGUAUGCUUUGAGCUAAUUGCUUGCGUUGAGAUCCGUUGACAGUGAAGCUUACAGCCUUAGCUUUUGCAGGAUUUAUUAUUGGGAUUUUUGAGCUUUUUGCAGAAUCCAAAAAAAAAAAAAAUUGGUAUGAAUGAAGAUGGUAUUCAAAUCGAAGAUAAAAUGGAUAGCUUUGUUAGUACUGAUACUAUCGACGGGAUCUCUAGUCAUUCAUCUCUCUAUAACCAAGUUUUCGACUUCCAGUUUGGUGUUUUAUGCUCCAAAGAAGGAUUCUGAUCUCGAUUUUCCUCAUUUAUCAGAGAAGCAGAGUGUUAGAUAUUUUAGAAAUAAGAAGUUAUGGGGAACGGUGAAGUCCUUAGAGUCGUUGCAACCUUAUGCCAACCCAAGGAGCAGCUACCCAGUUCCACAUGAAAAGAACAACGGUUAUAUUUAUGCGAAAAUAUUUGGUGGAUUUGAGAAGAUAAGAUCUUCGAUCUGUGAUCUUGUCACCAUAUCCAGGCUUCUAAAUGCGACUCUUGUCAUUCCAGAGAUUCAAGAAAGUCUUCGGUCAAAAGGCAUUAGUAACAAAUUCAAGAGUUUUUCCUAUCUCUAUGAUGAGGACCAGUUUAUUGCAUCACUUAAAAAGGAUGUAAUCAUUGUGAAGAGCCUGCCUGAGAAUUUGAAGGCAGCUAGGAAAAGGAAUGAGUUCCCAACAUUUAAGCCCAAAAGUACCGCUUCUCCAAAUUUUUAUAUGAAAGAAAUUCUGCCUAAGUUGAAGAAAGCCAAGGUUAUUGGUCUGGUGCUUGCUGAUGGAGGAUGCCUGCAGUCAGAUCUUCCACCUAGCAUGUAUGAGUUUCAGAGGCUUCGAUGCAGAGUUGCUUUUCAUGCUCUCCAGUUUCGGGAGGAAAUUCAGGUCCUUGGUCACCAGAUGGUUGAGAGGUUAAGAGCGUGGGGUCAACCUUUCCUUGCAUUUCAUCCUGGUUUGAUGAGGGACACAUUGGCAUAUCAUGGUUGUGCAGAACUUUUUCAGGAUAUUCACACUGAACUUGUACAAUAUCGACGGGCACAGAUGAUCAAGCGAGGGAUUCUUAAUGAAGAACUUAAUGUAGAUUCACAUUUACAUAGGGAAAAUGGGUCUUGCCCUCUCAUGCCGGAAGAGGUUGGACUUCUCCUCCGAGCAAUUGGAUAUCCUCCCAAAACUACAAUAUAUGUGGCAGGUUCUGAAACUUUUGGUGGUCAACGUGUUCUGAUCCCUCUUCGUACCUUGUUUGCUAAUGUGGUAGAUCGCACUUCAGUGUGCCGCAAACAAGAUUUGUUUGACUUGGUAGGUCCUGAGACACUUCUUCCUGUAGAUUCCUUUCAACUACCUCCUCCCAAAAGUGAGAAACAACUUAAAGAAGAGUGGAAGAGGGCAGGUCCUCGUCCUCGGCCUCUUCCUCCACCUCCAGAGAGGCCCAUUUAUCGAUAUGAGAAAGAAGGCUGGUAUGGUUGGAUCACUGAGACUGAAUCUGAAGCAGACCCUUCACCAAUGGAUUUUAGGAGGCAAGCACACAGGUUACUCUGGGAUGCGCUUGAUUACAUUGUCUCUGUGGAAGCAGAUGCAUUCUUUCCUGGUUUUAAUAAUGAUGGAAGUGGGUGGCCAGAUUUCUCAAGCUUGGUCAUGGGCCAGCGGCUAUAUGAAAGUGCUGCUUCUAGAACAUAUCGACCAGACAGGAAAGUCCUUGCAAAAUUUUUCAAUAUUACCCGUGACAAUAUGUAUUAUCCCAAGCAUAAUUGGACCCACUCAGUGAGGGAACAUCUCAACAAAAGCUUGGGUGAAGAUGGGCUAAUCAGGCAAUCCCUUUUGUCGAAACCAUCCUCAUUUCUAUCACAUCCUCUCCCUGAAUGCUCUUGUAGAAUUUCAUCUGCUCGGUUUCAAACUCCGGUAGAAGGUAUUGAUGGCCGAUAUCUAUAUGGAGGUGAGGAUGAAUGCCCCGAAUGGAUGCAGCAUGGACAGGAAGCUGUUCCCUCAGAGUCAAUGGAAACAGAAAGGGAUAAAAAUGAUGAUAAUGAAUCUGAAUAUGAGAAUGAUGUUGUUCAACAAGAAUCUGAUGAUAGUGGUGGUAAGAGUAGUCUGAUUCUUUCUAUGGAUCGGGAUGAUGAAUGGGACCCUAAUGACUAGUACUAGAUUUGCAGAUGAUAUAUUCUGAAGUUGGUAUUUGUUUUUUGGUAAUAUCUUCUGGAAUCAGAAAUUUUGGAGACGAGUAACAUUCCGAUAUCAUUUUUGUAUCACAGCUCCAACUCAAGUCUUUUUAAGGGAAAUAAAUUCAUGUUUAUUCUUUCCAGUGGAUUUGAGGACUCGUUCAGUUAUUGAAAAAACACAAACAUAUAUAUACUGUCACACAACAGACUUUUUGAAUGCUGCAAUAGCAAGAAUGAUUGAUGCGGUUUGGACUAGCUGAUUGCAGCCUGUAUUUGAAAAAGAUCUUUACAUCAUGGAAGGUGUUCCAUCAUUGGGAGGUUGAGUGGUUGGAUGUUGUAUCAUGCAGCUUGCAGUCAGUUCAACUUGAUCUUUUGAGCAGUGAUUUGUUCUGUUUCUUGGAAACCCGCAUUUCUUGCCAUGAGUGUAAAGUUGUUCCAAAAGAAAAUCAAUUAAUAAAAUAGAUUUUUAUUAUUAUAAUUACAAUAA